ACGGCGCUCGCCUCAGACUCCAGCGCAGGGCCUUCUCGUCUGACCUGCGCGACUUGAAAGAGACACCUCACCUGAAUCAUAUCCACCACCCCAUCCCCUCUUCUCAUCGGCUUCUUCGGCUCCGGCGACCGGCGGCGGCCGUCUCAGGGGCACGGGAAAGCAAAUAAGUGAGUGAAACAAGGUCGUGCGAAAAAACACGAAAGCCCGUGUUAGUUUCAAUGGCUUCUUCAAAGCUUCAAGCUUUUUGGAACCAUCCUGCUGGCCCCAAAACCAUUCAUUUUUGGGCUCCAACAUUUAAAUGGGGUAUCAGCAUUGCGAAUAUUGCCGAUUUCGCCAAGCCACCUGAAAAGAUAUCCUAUCCUCAGCAAGUUGCUGUUGCUUGCACUGGAAUCAUCUGGUCACGCUACAGCAUGGUCAUUACACCGAAAAACUGGAACCUUUUCAGUGUAAACGUUGCAAUGGCCGGCACAGGCUUGUAUCAGCUUUCUCGUAAAAUAAGGAAAGACUACUUUGAAGAUGAGAAAGAGGUUGCCGCAUCACUGGAAGGAUAGUGACGAACGGAUUAAUCGACUGAAAGCCCCGCUGCCUAAAAUUCAGUGUGCCGCAGGGAUGUGUCGUUAUAUCUGACAGGAAUCCAUUGUUUCUUUCCAUGUCCGAAUUGGUUUGUGUCGCUCAGUUGCACCCAUGAAGAGAGCAAUGUGCAAAAUUUACACAAACAAGCAAAUAUUUGUUUAUGCAUUGUGCAAAAAAAAAAAAAGCAAAUACAUCAACCGGUCCCUUGUAUUUUGCCCUGCCA